AUGAAGCGGAAGAUCAAACGGUAUACCGCUUUUGAGCCAAAUGGUCUAUUUGCUUCGAGAUUAGAAGAGGGCAUUCUAUCAACUGAGGAGGCUGUCUUGCCGUGUCUUGAGACGGCCCCCGACAUCAGGCGGACUCCGUUCAAUCCCGAAAACUCCCUCACUACCUUGAGCGACGACAAGUUUGAUGUUGUCCUGUUCUGUCACAGCAUGUAUGGCAUGAACCCAAAAGACGACUACAUUUGUGCUGCACUCAAUCUUCUCGACGAACAUGUAGCAAACGGCAGGGCCAUACUUUUCCAUAGAGAUGGCCCGCUGGGCCUGGCUAGUCUGGGUCCUCAUCAAACCGCCAACUUCCCGACCGGCACAAUUCGCGUGGCAGACACCGAUGAUUCGCUGGACUCUUUCGCCUCAUUUAUUGCAGGCUUUGUACCAAAGUCCGACAAAGUCCUACAAGAAUGGCGGAAAAAUUGCCGCGCAGUCGGCCGCCGCGACAUUGAUGACCUCGUCUUUGCUGCGCCUGAUGUCAUGAUGACCUUCUCGCGACACUCGACCGCGCUGCCAGAUUUGACUUCACGGUUGCCGUUAAUUAUUGGGGACAUACAUGUCAAGAACCGAGAAGCUCGUCUCCAUUGUCCCGCCUCUAUGAUCAGACCAGAGCACAUCCAGCAAGUUCAGGAUUGUGUUCGAUGGGCUUUGGAGCAUCGAAUUGCGUUGACAGUCGUGGGUGGUGGACACAGCGGUCAUUGCCUCUGGCCUCACAUCGUCGCCAUCAACAUGAGCGCCUUCAACCAGGUCCAAGUUGUUACAGGGGAAGCUGGAAGUUUGGUCAUGGCCGGUGCCGGUAGCAAGACGGGAGACAUCAUCCGCGAGACCAUGGCAAAGGGGCUCACUGUGCCUCUGGGAUCCCGGCCAAGUGUUGGAGCAGGCUUGUGGCUGCAAGGCGGCAUCGGUCACCUGUCCAGACUUCACGGGCUCGCUUGUGACGCUAUUGUCGGUGCGCUUGUCGUCAGCGUCGACUCGGCAAAGAUUCUAUGCAUCGGUCAUGUCCCUGCACAACACCGGCCAAUCGAUGCCAUAUGUCCGGAGAACGAAGAAGAACUGCUGUGGGCCAUCAAAGGAGCGGGGUCGAACUUUGGUAUCGUCAUUGGCGUCGUCUUUACAGCACAGCCAGCUUCAGCGUUCUUGGUCAGGAACUGGGUCAUACCGCUGCGUGACGGCGAUGAGGCUCAACGCAGGCUUGCGGAGUUCGACCGGGAUAUGGCCAGCCAACUGUCUCGGCACAGUUCCGCUGACGUGUAUCUAUACUGGGACACUGGAAAACUCCAUCUCGGCGUGACCAUGUACGAAGCUUCGACUGCUGGGGAAGUGGCUGGAACCCCUAUGCCUAUUCCUACGCCCAUGGCCACGAUUCUGGGUCCGGAGCACAACAUCAAGAUCGUGGACGGCGUCGGUCUCUUUGAGACUGAGAUGUAUAUGUCAGGCAUGCAUGGUGGCCACGCUGGAGGCAAGACGUCUUCUUUCAAACGCUGCCUAUUCGUCAAAGAUAUCGGAAGGGACGUCAUUGCAAACGCGUUGGCAUCAGCCGUUCAAAAUCGCCCCUCUCCGCUCAGUUACCUUCAUCUCCUCCAAGGCGGCGGAGCAAUCCGCGACGUGCCGAAAUCAGCCACCGCCUUCGGCUGUCGUGACUGGGAUUUUGCUUGCGUCAUCACCGGCGUCUGGCCUCGCGAGGAAGACAGAUCCGUUGCUGCCCGGGGGGCUAUGGAGUGGGUCUACAACGUCGCCGAGACUUUGCUACCGCUCAGUACCGGAGUUUACGGUGCCGACCUUGGACCGGAUCCCCGGGAUGCGGCACUGGCAGUUAGAGCCUUUGGGUCGAACGGUCCUCGUCUAGCCCGCUUCAAGUGUCUCGCCGAUCCGUGUCGUGUACUUGCUUACACUUGUCCUCUUCCCCUGAAACCAAUGGAACCAGGCCUCAUAAUCUUGGUUACUGGGGACAGCUGUGCCGGCAAAGACUACUGUGCUGAGAACUGGGCGGACGUUUUCAACCGAUGUAGCAAGACUGCGCGUGUUGCCAGUAUAAGCGAUACCAUCAAGUGGGAAUUCGCAGCGGCUGCGGGCGUGGACUUAGAUCGAUUGCUCGGCGAGCGAGAGUACAAGGAGAGGCACCGGCCGGGCUUGACAGCGUUCUUUCAUGACCGCGUACGUGAAAACCCUCAUCUACCAAUGGAUAACUUCCUGGACGUUGUUUACGGCGCUGCGAGUGUGGAUGUACUGCUUAUCACAGGCAUGAGGGAUGAGGCACCGGUCGCAACUUUGGGCCAUCUCGUGCCGAAUAGCAGACUGAUUGAGGUUCGUGUCAGUGCCGGAUCUGGUGUCAAACAACUACGGCAAGGAUUCCGCAAUGACAUAGAAGAUUGCGAUGGCUCUCGGAAGGAGGAUGGCAAGCGGAAAACGCGCGUUAGGGACUACAGACCCAAUUUGUCUUUCCACAACGAUAUCGCGGGAGGUGACAAUGCGAGAGCCUUUGCAGAGAAUCGUCUGCUUCCAUUCAUACAUCAAGACCUGAAACGGCUAAGCGAUAUGGUGCGUAUCAUACCAGACUUUCCAAAUCCAGGCAUCGACUUCCGCCACAUCCUCGACAUUGCUCAGACCCCGGGCGGUCUGGCAUUAUGCACCUCUCUCUUACAGUCUCACUUUACGGGAGCCUGGUCAAAUAUCAACGCCAUCAUCAGCUGCGAGGCGGGCGGCUUCAUCUUUGCGUCAGCAUUGGCGUUGCAGUGUGAUGACGGUGGCUGA